AAAAUUAUUCCAGUCACUCUUAAACUGGAAGCUCACGCGGUCACACUGGCAACUUAUUUUUAAAAUAAGAAUAGAACGUCUCUAGUAGAGAGACCGUUACAAAGAAGAAACAUGGCCGCCGCUCAACGGCAUAUUAGCAGCAAAAUCGGCAUUUGCACCAGCACCCAUAUCUUGUGCACGCUGUUGCUACCGUACGUUGCUCUCGCUAACCAACCAUCCUUUGAUGACUCUUCAGCAAGUUUAUUCAACCAUCUCGCUGUAGACAGCAGAACAGGAAACGUUUACAUUGGAACAGUAAAUAAAAUCCACCGACUAACACCAGAUCUAGAAGUUAUACAAACCGUGGAUACAAACCCUGAUAAACUUAAAGACAAUGUGAACAAGGCCUUGUUGAUUGACUACGCAAGCAAUCGUCUCAUCACAUGCGGGUCUGCAAAUGGUUUUUGUUCAGUGAGAAAUCUUAAUAACAUUACCGAAGCUCGUGAAAUGGAAGAACCAGUUGUAUCUAAUAAUGCAGAAGCUUCUACUGUCGCCUUUAUAGCUGAAGGCUCUGGAUCAAAACAAGUAAUGUACGUGGGAUCUACUUUUGCGCCUAACUCAGAUGAUUUCGUAAAGCCUGCAGUGAGCAGCCGUUCGCUAGAAGACGAUCGCCUAUUCAACAUAGACCAGAGUGGAACCAAAAUGUACGUAAAUUCCUUAUCACGGGAACGGUAUCCUAUAAACUACGUGUAUGGGUUUAGCUCCGAAGGAUUCAGCUAUUUUUUGACGACACAGAUGAAGGAGGGAAGUUCCACGUAUUACAGCAAGUUGGUGCGCGUUUGUAAUAACGAUGAGAAUUAUUACUCCUAUACAGAGAUCCCUAUUACGUGUAAUGGAGUGGGAAAGAAUUAUAACCUCGCUCAAGCAGCAUUUGUGGGUAAAGCCGGGUCGAUGCUCGCCUCAGAAUUAGGGAUAAAUGAUCAACAAGAAGUCCUAUUCGCAACGUUUAGUCCGAGUGAAACGGAAAAAUCGAGCAAACCCUCUGGAGCUUCAGGACUCUGCAUUUAUCCCCUCAAAGACAUUCGGCGUAAGUUCACACAAAACAUACAGUCUUGCUUUAAUGGCCGUGGCUCACGAGGACUCGAUUUCAUCACACCAUCCAGUUCAUGUAUAUCUAUAAAGAUGGAAAUUAAUGAAGAUUUCUGCGGCCUAGACGUGAACACGCCUUUAGGAGGUGAGGUAGCUCUGGAAACAGUCGCAGUGGCCACAUUCAACGAGAGACUAACAGCCGCGGCAGUGUUAGUCACCAGUUUCUAUACGGUUAUGUUCGCGGGGACCGCACAAGGACAUCUGAAGAAAAUUCUCGUGAAAGGCUCCAACGCUGUUGAAUAUGAUGACAUAGUUAUUGACAAAGGUUCGAUCAUCAAAGAUUUAGUUUUCGACACUCAAAAGUCGCAUUUGUAUGUAAUGUCAGAGCGUAAAGUGUCCAAAGUGAAAGUUCAAGAAUGCAGUUUAUAUCACUCGUGUUCAACCUGUCUCGAAGCCAAGGAUCCGUAUUGCGGAUGGUGUCCUUCAAAGAACUGGUGCAGCACUCAGUCGUCUUGUGAGAAUAAUCCUGAAAGUACUAUACAUUGGCGUCAAAAUAUACCCCCAUAUCAAAAAGACAUAUGCGCCACAAUCACUCAUGUAAACCCAGCACAGUUGCAACGGACGACACCUGCAAUUUUUAAUGUUUUUAUUAAUAACCUACCUGCUUCUGAUGAACAGUUCUACUGCGUAUUUAGAAUGUUAGGUCAUACUGUUACUACUGUUGCUACCCGAGAAAGUUACGGUGUCGAUUGUGCGUCGCCUUUUGCGAACUCAUUCCCGUCAUUUCCUGCCGGCCGUCAUCAGCUCGAAGCUGAACUCAUCGUACGAUCAAACUCAUACACUAAUAUAGCCUCGACUAACAUCGCAAUUACUGACUGCAGUUCCUACACCUCUUGUACAGAGUGCACUAGUUCACCCUAUCCUUGUGAGUGGUGCGUUGACAGUGGUCGUUGCACGCACGAUGGUGCUACAUACUGCCGCAAUGAUAUAUUAGUUACGAGCAACAGUUCUACCAAGGAAAUUCCUGGUACCAACUCAUGUGCGUCAUUUCAUUCCAAAUCUGGUAAUGAGAUCUUAGUACACUCGGGUGUAAAGAAAGGUAUUUCGGUUAAGGCUCACAUACCAGAGUAUGCUAUAUUGUCUAGAUUUUUAUGCGAAUUUAUGAUACAAGGUAAAAAAAAUCUCGUGAAUGGUCAGUUAGUUGCAGACACUAUUUAUUGUGAUAAAUUUAAAUUUACGUAUGCUUCGCCGGAUCCUUAUAUUACUGCUACGUUUAAGAUCUUAUGGGGUGGCUCGAAAGCUGUUGAUAAUCUUGAUAAUGUCCACAUUGUCAUUUACCGUUGUGACUUGGCAGAAAACUGUGGAUCGUGCCUUACAAUGCCCGAAAAGUUUCAAUGUGGAUGGUGCAAUGGCGUGAAUAAAUGCGAAUCACAAGACAAUUGCAAAACUCCAAACGUGUGGUUUAGCCAGAACCGUGCUUGCCCGAAUCCUGAAAUUCACUCGUUUACGCCGCAUUCAGGUCCUUGGGAAGGGGGCACUAAGAUCACCAUCGUAGGUGCAAACCUUGGAAGAAAGAUAUCGGAUAUCAAAGGUGUGGAUAUAGCAGGAACUUACUGCGAGCCUAUUCCAGAACUGUAUGUUAAGACUAAAGAAAUAGUAUGCACAGCGUUGGGUCCUGGGGAUGACGUGCCUCGAGAAGGCCCAGUUGUCGUCAAAAUAGCCGAAUAUCGCGGAGUAUCUAACGUUAAUUACUCCUUUGUCAAUCCAGUAAUAAACUCUAUCGAACCGGCAUAUGGCCCACAGUCGGGUGGCACACUAUUGCAAAUUAAUGGCGAAUAUCUGGAUGCGGGUAGUGACAUAAAAGUGUAUAUUGACGAUUCGCCGUGUUACAUUAUAUCAAUCUCGCAAAGUAGAGUCCAAUGCAAGACAAGCCUUUCACAUAUCGCUAAAUUGGGAACUGUAAGAAUAAAUUUCGAUAAUGCCACCCGAGUUUUAAAUAGCCCAAAGUUUGAAUAUGUUGAAAAUCCUAUUGUAUUUUCAGUAGGAACCAGACUGUCCUCUGAAGAGCAUCCUAGAGGUACCCCUUCUGGCGGCACAAGCAUCAAAGUUUUAGGUCGAAAUUUCCGUGCAAUACAAUCACCGAAGAUAUACGUAUAUUACAACAAUAGACUUUUCACUGGCCCUUGUAAUAAGGUUGAUUAUGAUACCGAACUAUCAUGCGAAUCUCCCAAAAUUGAGGGUAUUGUAUUCUCAGAUGAGGAGCAACCUCUACAACUGGAAUAUGGCUUUGAUAUGGACGAUGUGGAAAGUGUACAAAUAGUCAGCAAGAAGCUUGGUGCAUUCGUUCUGUACCCUGAUCCAAUUUACGAGACAUUUGAAGGUGUUAAGCAGCUUAAAUCCGAUUACCUGACUAUAAACGGUGAUAAUUUGGAUCGGGUUAGUUCAUCAAACGAUAUAGAAGUGCGCAUAGGGAAUAAAAAUUGUAAUGUGACGUCACUGUCACGUCAUCAAUUGACUUGCCGACCACCAACGUUAAAUGAGCUACCUGUUGGUGUAGAUGCUUAUAAUGUGGAGGUCAAAGUAGGGCGGAAGCUUUACAAUAUAGGCAAAAUCUCAUACGACCAGCAAUGAUUGCAUUAUAUCAUAACACUAAUUCAUAAGAAUAAUUAUUUUUAGUAUAAUACAUAGAAAUUUUGACAGAUUUUCAUUAAAUGCUUUGUUAACAAA